GGACCACUGGAUCAUCAACUGUGAUAAUCACUGAAGUACGAGGAACAACUGUGAUGCCACGCAGUGAGAUUACCACGUCUGGAGGCUCCACUGCCCUCCCAGGAGACCAAACGCCGGGCAGUGUGACAGGUGAACCUGGGGGAAAGCCACCUUCUUCUCCAUGGCAGAAUGAAUGGAAUGUCGGGGGAGGAGGCCUCGUGCUGGGAACUUUUCUGUGUGUAUUGCUCCUUAAUGAUGCAGACACACACUGGUGGCCCGGAAGAACUCAGACCCUUUGUGUUUCAGGCACGAGUGGAGUACCCCCUGGCACGACUGUUGCCCCUGGCAGCUCCAACACAGGAUGCCCAGCACCACUUCCACCUCCUCCAGUUUGCCAUGGUCCACUGGGAGAAGAGAAAUCUCCUGGAGACACAUGGACUGCCAAUUGCCACAAAUGCACCUGUACUGAUGCAAAUGCUGUGGACUGCAAAGCCAAGGAGUGCCCUUCUCCACCCACAUGCAAAACUGGAGAAAGGCUUAUAAAGUUCCAAUCUAAUGAUACCUGCUGUGAAAUUGGAUACUGUGAACCAAGAACAUGUUUAUUUAACAACAUCAACUAUGAGAUUGGUAGUUCAUUUGGUGACCCCAACAACACAUGUGUCUCCUACUCCUGCCAUGAUACUGGUUUCGUUGCAGUGGUCCAAGACUGCCCAAAGCAGACCUGGUGUGCAGAAGAAGACAGAGUCUAUGAUUCAAAAAAAUGUUGCUAUACAUGUAAUACUCAUUGCAGAUCUUCACCUGUGAAUGUGACUGUUAAGUACAAUGGUUGCAGGAAAAGGAUUGAGAUGGCAAGAUGCACAGGGGAAUGCAAAAACACCAUCAAGUACAAUUAUGACAUCUUUCAGUUGGAAAAUUCAUGCCUUUGCUGCAAAGAAGAAAACUACGAAUUCAGAGAUAUUGUUCUUGACUGUCCCAAUGGUAGUACAAUAAAUUACAGAUACAGGCACAUCACGACGUGUUCUUGCUUAGACCAGUGCCAACAAACUACGACUUCAAAGUCCACUUAACAGUUAAUAUUACCCUUUCAGUUGUAACAGGCAGGUAUUUAUUUUAUAAGUAAACAAAAUAUAUCACAAAAUUGUGAGAAUAAUGAAACAUUUGUAUCUCACUCAAAAAGUGAAUUCUCAUGAAGCAUUUUGUUCUUUUGU